CCAUUCCCAGUUUUGAAUGCCCUCCCCUCUGUUCGUUGCAAAAGGCCUCUCUCCAGUACUGCUUCCUUAGUGUCCCAGGGGAAGGUGCACACUGUCACCAUGGCAGGAGGCCAGAUCCGGAGAUGAAAGGGUGAGGGCUGGCCACUGGGCAGCCUUGAUGGCAGGAUGGGUGGAGCCUCAAAGGCUCAGGUCUUAAAUCCCCACCUGGCUUGAUCCAGAUAUCCACCCAUUUGAAAACCACCUAGGAUACAAAGGCAUUAUGAAAAACCUCUAUUUCAAAGUCAUUACCAUAGUUAUAGGUCUUUAUUUUACUGGAAUAAUGACAAAGGCAUCAAGAAAAAGCAAUAUUUUAUUGAAUUCUGAAUGCCAAUGGAAUGAAUAUGUUCUGACAAAUUGUUCUUUUACCGGAAAGCAUGAUGUACCUGUGGACACAUCACAGACAGCAGCCACCGUGGAUGUAAGUUUUGGUUUCUUUAGAGUUUUCUUAGAGUGUCACACGAAAAAAGAAGAAUGGAAAAUAAAACAUCUGGACCUCAGUAACAAUCUCAUAUCAAAAAUAACCUUAAGCCCUUUUGCAUAUUUACAUGCUUUGGAAGUGUUAAACCUCAGCAACAACGCCAUCCACUCCCUCUCAUUGGAUCUACUCAAUCCUAAAUCCUCAUGGGUAAAAUGCCACAGAAGCGGUUUCAGAAAGAGGUUUCCAUUGCUGAAGGUGCUCAUUCUUCAAAGAAAUAAACUCAGUGACACUCCCAAGGGACUGUGGAAAUUGAAGUCAUUGCAGAGUUUGGAUCUGUCAUUCAAUGGGAUAUUGCAAAUUGGGUGGUCUGAUUUUCAGAAUUGCCUGCAACUGGAGAAUCUCUAUUUAAAGAGCAACAAGAUAUUCAAAAUUCACCCACAAGCCUUCAAGGACCUCAAACAAUUACAGGUCUUAGAUCUCAGCAACAAUGCUCUGGCCACCAUCCUGCCAAUGAUGAUCAUGGCUCUAGAACUUCCCCAUCUGGUGGUUGACUUGGCUGAUAAUCACUGGCGGUGUGACAAUAGCGUGGCAGUCUUUCAAAAUUUUAUUUCUGAAUCCUGGAGGAAAAAGUGGAAUGUCAUUUGCAACAGGUCUGUAGGGAGUGAGGAGGCCAAUAGCGGAACCCUCCAGAGCAGAAUUUCCAGGGAAACCCACCUUCCUUCCAUUCAUCUGUAUAGCAUGAAAAGCCUCAUAAGGAGCAAAGCAGAGAGGCCCCGGGGAGGAAGGCACACAGGCGUCUCCAGUCUGCGAAAGAAGGCAAGGGCCAGCUCUGGUCUCAGAGAGAAGCAGAGACGGCUGCCAAGAAGUGUUAGAAGCGCCCGGGAUGUGCAGGCUGCCGGCAGAAAGGAGGACGCUCCCCAGGACCUGGCUCUGGCGGUGUGCCUGUCAGUGUUCAGCACAUUCCUUGUCGCCUUCUGUCUGGGGGCUUUCACGAGGCCUUAUAUUGACAGACUGUGGCAACGAAAGUGCCGGAACAAAAACCCUGGCGGGAACAAUGGGUAUUCAAACGAGGGCUUCUACGACGACAUCGAAGCUGCGGGACACACACCACAUCUGCGCCAAGCACUUCCUGAUCUAAGCCUCUAUGAGAACCAGACACCUUUCUGGGAGACACAGCCACAGCCACAGCCACACACCACUGUAAUUCCUGAUAGAACUCCGGGAAGGAGCAGCAAGGAUCCUGGCAGUCCGCAGAGCUCAGGACAGUGCGGGGACAACACCGGAGCAGGAAGUGGAAAUAACGGUCCAGCCUUUUCCAUUCUCCGGGGACAUCCACAUGCCAGAAACCAUGAACUAAUGUCAACAGCGCAGGACCACAUCCAUAGGAGUGAUGUUCUUGGAGAAUGCACUCAUGAAACUGUGGCUCAGGGAAAGCCUCUCAGUGCACACUCAGUGGGCAUCUCUUCUGUAGUGGGCAUGUCACACGCUGUCUCCAGCUCAAACCGUCAUGAUUCCAGUGAAUUAGAGCCGUCCCACCCUGGAGAAAUGACAACUUCCCUCUGUAAAAUGCUAAGGCAUGCAGAAGCACAGAGGAUUGGAGAGAGUAAGGAAAGAGGGGGCACUGAACAGUCACUCUGGGACUCACAGAUGGAAUUUUCUAAGGAAAAGCAAGUGAGACCAUCCACUGAUUUGCUGAGCAUACAGCAGUCAAGGCUGUCGGGAGCAAGUGCUGAGAAAGAGCUUUUGGCCCACUACAGCAAGGUCCCACACAGUGACCCAGGAGACACAGGCCCAUCAGUCUUUCCUCUAAGAUGGGACGGUGGCCUGGAUGUCACUCCUGCUAACGAGGAACCAGUGCAGAAAUCCACUCCUUCUGACACUUGGUGUGUGGUGGAGAGUGACUGUGACUCUGAUGAGGGGUCUCUGUUCACUCUGAGCUCCGUAAGUUCAGAGGGUGCAAGGAGCGAGACUGAAGAGGCAGUGCCUGAAGAGGCAGAGCCCUCGCAGGAUGAGGAGCCCCUACAGGACAAGGAGCCCCUGCAGGACGAGGAGCCCCUACAGGACAAGGAGCCCUUGAAGGACAAGGAGCCCCUGCAGGACGAGGAGUUCUUGCAGGACAAGGAGCCCUUGAAGGACAAGGAGCCCCUGCAGGACGAGGAGUUCUUGCAGGACAAGGAGCCCCUGCAGGACGAGGAGCCCUUGAAGGACAAGGAGCCCCUGCAGGACGAGGAGUUCUUGCAGGACAAGGAGCCCCUGCAGGAUGAGGAGCCCCUACAGGACGAGGAGUUCUUGCAGGACGAGGAGCCCCUACAGGACGAGGAGCUCUUGCAGGACGAGGAGAUCCUGCAGGAUAAGGAGCCCUUGCAGGACAAGGAGCUCUUGCAGGACGAAGAGCCCCUACAGGACGAGGAGCUCCUACAGGACGAGGAGCUCCUACAGGACGAGGAGCCCCUGCAUGACGAGGAGCUCCUGCAGGACGAGGAGCCUCUGUACAACGAGAGCUCAAGGGCAAGCAAGGAAAACAUGAUGGCAGUAAACAGUCUUGAGGACAAUGUCACCUUCCAAACAAUUCCAGGGAAAUUCGAGAAUCAGGACUAUUCGUUUGAAAAACAUCUCAUUGCCUCUCCAGACUCUGGCUUGUACAAGAGUCACCUGGAAAAUGCCUCUGACACUGAUAGAUCUGAGGGCCCAUCACCCUGGCCCAGAUCACCGGGGAAUAGUCCCUUAGGGGAUGAGAUUCCGGGCAUGUCCACCUAUGAUUAUGACACAGCUCUUCAAUCCAAGGCAGCAGAAUGGCAUUGCUCACUUAGAGACUUAGAAUGUUCAAAUAUGGAUGUUUCAUCACAAACACCACCAUGUUCUGCUGAAGUUCCCUCAGAUCCUAAUAAGGCUGCCUGCCAUGAAAAAGACUUGGACAUUUGUAAAUAAGAAUCUUUCAUUCAGGAUAUAGACACGCUCUAAACAAUAUUCCUUUAAAGAUCACUGCAGGGGAAAACUAAGACCUUCACAACAAGAUCUUGAAGGAGACAACAUGAAUUCCAACCAGGUAGACACUGAUGCAAAUGGGGGUUAUGUGUGUGCACUUGAGGACGAUGAUUCUAGAAGGGUUAGAAGCCAAACACACUUGUUACCAUCCUGUGGGGAUGAACCUGCUCUUCAGUGUGAAAGAGAUAGAGGGGAAUUUUUGAGAUCAUUCCAAGAACAAGAACCAUGCAUCAUUAUAAUAAGAGCUUCCAGACAAAACCAGUUCACCAAGAACACAGGAGCACAUCAUCGAUCGGUUGGGGUAAAUAUUCAGAGGCGAAUCUGUUGUGGUUAGACAAAGAUGAUUUUCACUUUCCUUUUCAAAUACAAACCCGGAGCAAUCUGACGAGAGUUGGCUCUCUGUAAAGAACAGCUUUAGCAUGACAAAGACAAGGAUGUUCGACUUGAUCAUCAGAGGGAAUUUAAGUGACACUUUUUCAUGCAUAUUGAGCACUUCAGUGGAAAUGCUGGACAGAUUUUAAUGAAUUCUGAAUGCACACUAGCACAACUUUUUGGAGGCUGCAAACUGCAAAACUGGAAAAAUUCUGAGUAAUUAUAAAUGUUUUUAAAGAAGUUACAGAGAAGAGGGAUCACUUUUUAGAACAAAGUGUAAAUUAAAAAUCCAUUUUCAAG